AUGGCAGCCCUGCGUCUGGCCGCCCUCGCAGCCCAUCUACAGCCAUCACUGACCUCCUCCCAGUCCGCCGCAAAUCCACACAUCCACGAUCUCAACCCAGCCUACUUCCUUCCCCGCGCUGCCGCCAUCGAGCCCUCCGCUCCCGCAAUCCUCCACUGCGACCGCUCAAACACAACCAUCUCCCGCACAUACAGCGAGCUCGCCGAACGGGCCCGCAGAGUGUCGGUCUUCCUUCUCCGCAACUACGCUCCCGGCACCAAGAUCGGUAUCUUAUCAAGCAAUACACCCAUGUUCCUCGAGUGUCUCUACGGCAUCGCCGGAUCAGGUCUUACCCAAGCAUCUUUCAACUAUCGUCUCUCUGCGAAAGAGAUCAGGGAUGUUCUCGAAAUCUCGGGUGUCACUGCCGUCUUUGUAGACAUCGAAUUCCUACCUAUCGUCCAGCAAGCGGCAGGCGAGCUCGCUACACCAAUUGAACUCAUCGUCGAUCUUGACUCGGAAGAUCCCAAAGACCUCCGCGAGUUUCGUGCAGCCGGGCACUUAAACCUCGUAUUCAGCGAGAUCAUCUCCUCGUUGUCCACAGACACUACUCCCUGGGACUCGCUCCAUUACGAAGAUCAACCAGAAGACAGUCUUCUCGCUCUCGCAUUCACAUCCGGGACAACCGGAAAGCCCAAAGCAGUCGAGUAUACCCACAGAGGUAUGUACUUGGCUGCCAUGGCCAACAUCAUCGAAGCAGAACUCAACCGCUCCUCUUCCGGCUGCCGCUACCUCUGGACGCUACCCAUGUUCCACGCCGGCGGCUGGUCCUUCCCUUACGCCGUCACAGCUGUACGUGGGCUACACAUCUGUCUUCGCAGAAUUGACUAUGACCUGGUCUGGCGAUAUCUCAACGCCGGGCCAGGAAAAUCCGCAACUCAUUAUAACGCGGCCCCGACCGUGAAUCUCCAGAUAUGCGAGCAUCCAUCGGCCAAGAGAGUCCCUGAACCCGUCAUGGUUACUGUUGCGGCCUCUCCACCCUCGCCAGCGCUGUUCAAAAAAAUGGUUAGUCUCAACCUUCUUCCGGUGCAUACCUAUGGAAUGACUGAGACCUAUGGUCCGAUUUCUCGUGGGUAUAUCUUGUCCGAGUGGGCCAGCGAAAGCGAAGAACAGCAAUUCAAGAAGAUGGCGAGGCAGGGACAUGGCUUCCUCACCUCUAGGAAACUUAGAGUCGUCAAGCAAAAGUCUGAAUACUCAAAUAAUCCCGACUCCCUAGAAGACGUCGCCCGCAAUGGAUCCGAGAUCGGCGAAGUCGUAUUCCAGGGAAAUAUCUGCAUGAAAGGAUAUCACAACGACGAAGAAGCCACCAAAAAAGUCUGGGACGGAGGCUGGCUCCAUUCCGGUGAUCUGGCUGUCGUCCAUCCUGACGGAGCGAUUGAGAUCUUGGACCGUGGGAAGGACAUCAUUAUUUCUGGAGGCGAAAACAUCUCAAGUGUGGCCGUCGAAAACGUUCUCUCGGCCCAUCCAGCAAUACUGGAAGUUGCCGUCAUUGGCAUCCCCGACGAGAAGUUUGGUGAGAAACCGAAAGCAAUAAUCAUUCUCCGCCCUGAGGCAAAAUCCACCGACCCCGCGACUUUGACCCGAGAUUUGAUUGCUUUUGCAAGAAAACACCUCGGCGGAUUCCAGGUACCUAAAGAUUACAGCUUCGUCGAGGACUUACCAAAAACAUCAACCGGCAAGAUAAGAAAGAAAGAAUUGAGAGAAGCCUAG